UUUGUAAGUAAAAAAAUACAUCAUCAUCUAGUACCAACUUACAAUUGAUGUGUUGUAUUGUCUAUAGACAGUGCAUUUACAGAGCCAAGGAGGCCAGCACCAUGUCUCCUUUUGAUUGUUUUAUUUUGCGCCAAAGUCAUUGUUUGUAAACGAUGCUGAAGCAAUUGGCGUCGGAAGGACGCAUUUGAUUCUGUCCGUCAAUAUUCAAUUCAGAACUUCAAAAACAACUUUAGAAUAUACCCUGUCCCCAUUCUCUGGCUAAAAGAAACGUAUUCAUUCAGAAUGUUCGAAUGUUUUGCAACAGUACUAUAGACGGUAAAAAUUCACUCAAUCUCCAUGGAAAACUUAGCUUUAUAGAAUUGACCAAAUAAAAAGUAUUUAGAAUUUACAGCAAGAGCUUCCCUCUAGGUAUCUUAAAAUCUCCAAGAUUUCCUUUGCUUUGCAAAUUCACGUUCUCUUUAUAUUAUGGUUUUCUAUUUUAAUGCUAAAUUUAUUGCCUUUUUUUUUUUUUUUUCCAAAAAAAGAACUGUUUAUAGAACAGUUUAAAGUAGAAACUCUGAACCACUUAUAGGUACAGUGAAGACGCACCCAACUCCAGAAAUUUCAACCAACAUGUCUGUUAUCGAGAUUAGGUCACAUCAACACUGGAUUUCAACUAUUCCAAAGUCGGGAUUUCUUGCUGUUGACUGUUAUGCAGACUGGUGUGGUCCGUGUAAAGCGAUUUCACCUGUUUUUUCACAACUGGCAAGCAAGUACUCAGGUCCUCAAUUUGUAUUUGCAAAAGUUAAUGUAGAUGAUCAAACACAAAUUGCCUCGAGCCUUGGAGUUCGUGCUAUGCCCACCUUUAUUUUCUUUGAGAAUGGCAAACAAAUUGACAUGCUACCGGGAGCUAAUGCGCAAGCACUUAAAGAAAAAGUAGCGAACAUUGCAGGAAAGCUGAACGGAGGUAGUGCUGGUGGCUCUACAUCUACUAACGGCUAUGGUAAUCUCAGAAGUUGUAUUGAGAAUCCUCAACUAGAAUGUUUAAAUCAAAGCGACGAGCAUCACCUUCGUAACGCUCUUGAUUUAGAUUCUUCCAGUUACUUGGAGUCUGACGCUGAUGAGCAACUGAUGAUAUACAUUCCUUUCUUGGAAGCUGUAAAGAUACAUUCGCUGUCUAUUACUCCUGUUAAAGAAAACUUAAGUAAAGCACCGAAAACUAUAAAGCUCUUCAUUAAUCUUCCUACUGUUCUCUCGUUUGAGGACGCUGAUUCCUUCCCUGCUACUCAGAUCAUAGAAGACAUUGAGUAUAAAUCUGAUGAUGAACCUAUUAAUAUCCCUUUAAGAUUUGUUAAAUUCCAACGUGUGAACUCAUUAGUUAUCUUUGUCUCCUCUAAUGUUGGGGAUGAAGAAACUACCCAAAUUGGUCGCUUUGAAUUAUUUGGUGAAUCCGUUGGCGAUUCAAGCAAGUAAGCUAUAGAAAACUGAUGCUAAAGUACUGCAAUGCAAGAAGGAGGUUCAUUUCAACACUAUAUUAUAAUCCAAGCAACUUUGUUCUAAUGCGAUACUGAUAUACUUUAAAAUAUGACUGAAAUAGUUGAUGCUGAACACUAAGAGGCUUAUUUACCAUUUGAGUUACAGUAGAAGAAGAAACGGAUCGGUUUGUAAAGUAAAAUGAAUCAACAAAAAUCCAUUACGUAGAAAUACCAGAAAAAGUAUCGCUUUACUGAGUCUAUAUUUUAUUUUUCUAUUAUCCUGGUAACCCGAAAAGAACUUUUAUACACAUAAAAAACUUAAAGUCA